UUAGUUCUCAUUUGUGCCGCUCUCCGUUCGGUGUUUGAGGAGUUUACAUAUUACUUCCUGAAACUUUCUUCCACCUACUUCCCAGAAAGAUUUUGUGAGACUGUGUUAGUAAAAUGAAAUUCAAAGAGUUAGAAUGGAGACAGACCGAUACAUGACCUGAAACUCUGACUCUACACACACUUUAACCCGCUUUCUGAUUUGUGUGAUUCUUGGAACUAAUGUGAAACUUAGUGACAGGAUUAUAAACAGUGUUGUACAAAUAUGGGAGCUUGUUGUGCCAAAAAAGCACCGAGUGAUACAAAACUUACGGAUAUAAGUGCUGUGAAUGGUGAAACAGAUAGCAAGACGGGGAAUUCCAACAACAAGAGUAAGGGGCGUUAUACCAAGGACCCCACAUCCUUGGCAACACCUGAGCCCCAACCUGCUGCCCCAGCUGUAUCCUACAAAUCGUCUCUACGAGCCUUGUACGACUAUGACGCCAGGGCUGAUGAUGACUUGAGCUUUAAAAAGGGAGACCUUUUAUAUCUACUUGAUGACAGCGAUUCCGAUUGGUGGUUUGCAAAACAUGCCAACCCUAACUACAGCAACACAAAGGUUGAAGGAUACGUCCCCAGGAAUUAUGUGGCCAAGGAAGACUCUCUUGAGUCUUAUGACUGGUUCAUGGGAGCUCUCUCUAGAAAGGAGUCGGAGAGGCUGCUACUCACCCCUGGAAAUGAGACCGGAUGUUUCUUGAUAAGAGAAAGUGAAACUAGUCCAGGAAAUUAUGUGCUAUCAGUGAGAGAUUACGAAGAUGUCAAGGGAGACACAGUCAAACAUUACAAAAUACGCAACAUGGACAAUAACCGUGGUUACUACAUCGCAGCUCGCCGAGUCAUGUCCUCUCUACCAGAACUCAUCAAUCACUACUCCGGUCAGUCAGAUGGGUUGUGUCGGCAGUUGACCAAGCCUUGUCCUAAAUCUAAACCUGUCAUUAGUCUGAACAAAGAUGCUUGGGAAAUCCCCAGAGAGUCACUAGAAUUCAGCAAGAAGCUGGGAGCAGGCCAGUUUGGAGAAGUGUGGAGAGGAAAAUGGAACAAAACCACAGAUGUUGCCAUCAAAACACUGAAGCCUGGCACGAUGUCCAAGGAUGCGUUCUUGGAAGAGGCCAACAUCAUGAAGCAGUGUAAGCAUGACAAGCUAGUCCGACUGUACGCCGUCUGUACGGACGUGGAGCCCAUCUACAUUGUCACGGAGCUGAUGUCCAAGGGAAGUCUGCUGGAUUUCCUGCGGGACGACGACGGACAGAACCUGAAGUUUCAACAGUUAGUGGACAUCGCUGCUCAGAUUGCAAGUGGUAUGGCAUUCCUGGAAGAGAAGAAGUUGAUUCACAGAGAUUUGGCUGCGAGAAACGUUUUGGUCGGCGACAACAACAUUGCCAAGGUGGCUGAUUUUGGUCUUGCCCGAGUCAUCGAAGAUGAUGAAUACAACCCCAAACAUGGCACCAAGUUUCCCAUAAAGUGGACAGCGCCAGAAGCUGCUCUAUACGGCCGAUUCACCAUCAAGUCUGAUGUGUGGUCUUACGGAAUUCUGCUGGUAGAAAUUGUUACACAUGGCCAGGUGCCAUAUCCAGGUAUGGCUAAUCGUGAGGUGCUGGAGCAAGUAGAGAGGGGCUACAGACAACCCAAACCACCGCACUGUCCAGACUCCAUGUACGACAUCAUGAAGAAAUGCUGGGACAAGAAGCCCGCCAAUAGACCUACAUUUGAGUAUCUGGCCAGUUUCUUUGACGACUACUUUGUUUCAACUGAACCCAACUAUAGAGAAGCUGAUGAAUAAUGCAAACUGUUCUGAGUCCCACAUUCAUUUGUUAUAAAAAACUACAAUUUUUAUUCCUAUUGAAGGCCUAAAUGGUUCUCAAUUUUACUUGCAGUUUAAAUAAACGCAAGUUUAUUUCCAGCAUAUGUUAAGCAUAACAAAAAAGAAAAUCUUGUUACUUGUUGAUAAUAAAAUAUGCUUGGUUAGAUGUACAUAUUGACAAGGACUUACAUAUACUUUAGGCCCUAUAGUUGUAUUUCAUGGUCUAUUAUCACCAAAUGUUAUAUUUUCUGUAUUAACUGAUAUUUUUACAUGUAAUUUGAUAUUUACAUGUAUUUCACAGGUGAAAAAUUGAUUUUUACCGUUAAAUUUACUUUAUAUGUAUUUACUUGUUAUAUGCAUACCACACAAACACUUCUUUGCAUGUAUCAAACUAGACCAUCCAAGGAUAACUGCAUAAUUAUUAUGUACUGUGAUUGAUAACAAUGCAGAUCAGUGCCACAAAAAGCAUGUUUCCAUCCAAGUUAGGCUAUCACUUGCAACGAAGAGUUAGGCUAUCACUUGUAGUGAUCAGUUAGGCUAUUACUUGCAGCGAAGAGUUAGGCUAUCAAUUGCAGCGAAGAGGUACCUGUGUUGUUUAAGUAUAUUACACAUGUCCAUCAAAAUUGUGCCUUAAAUUAUGUGUAGAUCAGUCUUAAGAGACAAUGUUUUUUAUUUUUAUUUUGCUGUGAAUGUUCAUUAGAAACUUGCAGAUAAGUUUCUGUGGAAACAACCUUGACCAAAGAUAUGUACAUUACGAUUUUAAUAUGUCACUAAUUAGCAUAUGAUGUGAUUAUGUAUGGAAUGAAAUGAUGAGAAAUGUUUGCCAUUCAUUCUACUUAAAGUGUGGAAUACUGAAAAAUCACUGAUAAAUCUCUCUGUAUAUAUUCUUAAUUACACAUAUAUGGACCAUUUUUAGUGUAGAUUUAUACUCACAGUUGUCAGCAUUGACAGAAUAUUUGUACCAUUUCAUUCUUAUCCAUUCCAGACACAAGUAAAGUUACUAUCUGUUUUAUUUUUGUUACACGUUAUAUUGUAUACUUUGUUGGUCUUGUUAAUAUGAAGUAGAAAAGAGAGAGAGUGAGUGAGUGAGCAAGAGAGAAGUAUUAACCAGGUGAUCUAUAUUGUAUUUAUUGCAAGAGUUUUGAUGCUUUUAUGUCGUCUUUUUACACAUAUUAUGUAUAUCCAUGUACAUGUCAUUCCAGUAUGUCCUUUUGCUCUCUCUGUUUCUUUUGAUAUUUUCAUAUUAAGGGUAACUUUUAAUCUAUGUAUUAUGUAUUGUUGUCUACAAAAUGCUGUGCAGGAUUCAAAUUUUCCAUUUUUGAUAUUUUUUUAUUAGUCAAACUAAUGCUAAUUGUUGUUUGAAAAACAUUCACAAUAUCUGAAUACAUGUUGAUAACCAUUACAUCAAAUCAGAAUACAAAAUAAUAUGUGUAUAUAUUUUAGUUCAUAUUUUGGUCGUUAGUGAACUUGGCCACACCUUAUAAGAACAAUAACUCUGUCUAUUUGUCACUUCCUACAUUGUUUCAGCAGCUGAAAUUCUGAUAUAUACAUCUCUGGUGAUAGAUAUAAACUGCUGUUCAGUGCCUCUGGAACACUCUUUCUUUGUCUGCUAAGCCAGCAAGUGCUUGCCAAUCUCUCAAAGAGAUAAGACAGCAUUGAAUUCAUGUGUUUAAUUUGUGGUUAGGUUGGGUUCUUUUUCAAUUAGUGCUAAGCUCGUAAGUCCCUGUACUUUAGAUUUGAUAUGAAUUAAUUAAUUUCUAUUCAAAAUGUAUUGUUUAGAAACAAUUCUAGCUGUUUUGAUUCAUUGGAUUCAAGAAAUAAGUGUACUAACCAACAUACUGUCUUUUUUGAAUACUAUUAAUAUGUCAUUUCAAUAAUGUACAUGUAUAUAACAAUUAUCUUUUAUCAUCUCUAUCAAUAAUACAUUGAUAUUCAUAGUGUAUAUCAUGAAAUUUCUUUAAUUUUAAUUCUAAAGUGUAAUGGGGUUUUUUUAAAGCAGAGAGUUAUCCCGAGUGGAUUUGUAACAAUCAAAGCAUGCUAUGAAUAUGACUAAUUGUUAUUUUAUCAAUAACAGAAAAGAGUGUCAACAUUUUUGUUGGAGAGCAGUUUGAAGGCAUUUUCAUGUGUGAAUGUCAGAUUUGUUUUGUAUAUAUACAUAUUUUUAUAUCUACAAAAAUGUACAUGUAUAGUCACAUUUUUAUUAUAUAAAUAUGUCAUUUCAUAAGAUC